AUGCGCAUAACCCAAUUUACGCAGAUAGCGACGGCUAUCUUGCCAGGUCUGCUCUUUAGCGAUUAUGUUCAAGCUCUUACGAUAGAUCUCACGGACAAAGAAACUCUCGUAGCUGCCGCGAAGGUCAGCGUAGAAGGCGCGUUCGGUUACUAUAACGGCAACAACUCUGGAGCAACACCAGGAGCAUUCGAUUUCAGUUGGUGGGAAGGUGCUGCACUUUGCAAUGCGUUUCUCAACUAUUGGCACUUCACAGGGGAUGAUAAAUACAACUAUGCGCUGAACAUGGCGUUAUCGCACCAGGCAGGUGAUGCUGGUGACUACUUGAACGAAAACUACACCACAUAUGCCGGAAACGAUGAUCAAAUGCAAUGGGGCAACGCGGCCAUGGCUGCAGCCGAAUACAAUUUAUCAGACCCGAUAGGAAUCAAAUACAGCUGGAUCUCUCUCGUGCAGGGUGUCUACAACAACCAGAAAGACAACAACGAAGGAUGGGAUGAUACAACAUGUGGCGGUGGAUUUCGGUGGCAGAAGCUACCCGUUCAGGGCACAGGAUACCACAUGAAGAACUCUGUGUCAAACGGUGGAUUUUUCCAGUUGGCUGCUAGACUUGCACAAUAUCUACAGAAAGACGAGUAUGCUGAUUGGGCUGAGAAGACGUGGAACUGGUCCACGUCGGUGGGUUUGGUCAACACCAAGACCUGGGCAGUGGGUGAUAGUGUCAGUACCGGUGACAGCUGCAAAACAGUUGAUCCGACAAAUUGGUCUUACAACUAUGGUGUUUACCUGAAUGGCUGUGCAUACAUGUAUGCUUACACCAAAAAGCAGGUCUGGCUCGACAGACUAAACGGCUUGAUCGGAAGUACAUUUGACGUAUUCUUCUUGCCAAAGUAUGGCGGUACCAUCUCUGAGAAGACAUGUGAGGCAGUUGGCAACAACUGUGACCGAAACCAGAAGCUUUUCAAAGGUCUCACCUUGAUGUGGAUGGCAAACGUCGCACUCGUGGUACCAGCCACAUACGACAAGAUUCUAAAGGGAAUCCAAGACUCAGCCACAGGCGCUGCCAUAUCCUGCUCGGGUCAAGGCAAUAAGACAUGCGGUGACAGGUGGUAUAGUGGAUAUGAUGGCAAGAUUGGAAUGGAGGAACAGAUCACUGCUACGAAUGCUUUCAGUGUGGCUUUGCUUCCUUUCGUUGAUAGGAACACCAGUGCGCCAUUGUCUACCUUGACAGGAGGAAACAGCACCAGUAACCCCAACGCCGGAACAACUUAUGAUAACGGUCUUCCCAAAUUCGCACCUAUCACAACGGCAGACCGAGCAGGUGCUGGCAUCAUGACCGCCGUGUUCGUCGGUGGUAUGGUCGGAAUGGCAGUAUUCAUGCUCAUGGGCCCUUGA